CUGGGAAAGAUUGACAAAAAUGGUGACGAAAAAUUGAACUCCGUAACCAUACCCUGAUAAGAAAUGAACUAGACGAGGUCUAAUGUUGUUGGAUAGAGAGAUCUGCGAAACAUCAAUGAAUUAAGUAUUAUGUGAAUUUUCUGGUAAUUUGUGGGUGUGUCCUGUAUUGCCCACUGUAAUGUCGACUCAUAGCACGAAUGUUCCUGCUUUGAACAUGAAGGAAGGGACUGGGAGUAGACCAGGACCGUGGAAAAGUUCUAUGACAAGUGUGCCUGGUAGUAUUCGUCCAGUGUAUGGUGCUCAGCAUCCGCCAAUGAAUUUCAAACUUCCAAGUUCACCAAAGAAGGAAGAUAAAACCAAAUACACAAAAAGAGAUACCUUUGCAGAUUUUGAGAAUAAAACCUCAGAUGCAUGGGAUGAUACAGAUGAUGAGCUUCUGUCAAUGUCCAACAUGCAAAUGUCUCUAAAAGAUGUACAAUCAACAGCAAGAGCUGUCUUAGACAACCACAGCAAACAAACCUUAACACAGAGUUCUAAAGAUAAUGCUCUGAUGAAAUUGGAUGGGAGUAAAGCCAAUACCUCAUCCAACAGUCAUCACGCAGGUCCUGGUCUUGGAGUCAGAUUAAACAACAGCUACAAACCACCUAAAACUACCCACAUACGUUUUGCCCAAAAUACAGAUGUGGAAAGGGAGGCAGCUAAGAUUGAUAAAUUUAAAAAGUUAUUAAAUGAACCAAAUCUAAAUCUUGAUCAAUUAAGAAGCUUAAGCUGGUCUGGAAUACCCAGAAGUAUUCGCCCAACAGCUUGGAAAAUUCUGUCAGGAUAUUUACCCGCUAGCUUAGAUAGAAGGGAAGAAACUUUGGAGCGAAAACGCCAUGAAUACUUUGGUUUUAUCGAACAGUACUAUGAUACUCGUCACCAAGAUACACAUUCAGAAACUUUCAAGCAAAUUUUGAAAGAUAUUCCUCGAAUGACGUCACUAGCACAUCUAUUUCAACAGAAAGUGGUUCAAGAGAUUUUUGAAAGAAUAUUGUAUAUAUGGGCCAUUAGACAUCCUGCUAGUGGCUAUGUUCAGGGAAUCAAUGAUUUAGUUACACCAUUUUUUGUUGUUUUUCUAUUCGAAUACAUUGAAAAUGAUAUAGAGGUGGAAAACUGUGAUUUGCUUGAAUUACCGAAAUCUAUUUUAAAUAUAAUUGAAGCGGAUAGUUUUUGGUGUACAUCUAAAUUAUUAGAUGGUAUACAAGAUAACUAUACGUUUGCUCAACCUGGAAUACAGAUGAAAGUAAACGCCUUACACGAACUUGUCAAACGAAUUGACAACCCAUUAAACACACACUUAGAAAAACAUUGUGUGGAAUACCUUCAGUUUUCUUUCCGAUGGAUGAAUAAUCUGUUAAUGCGAGAAAUACCAUUACGUUGUACGAUAAGACUUUGGGACACAUAUUUAUCUGAAAUAAAUGGCUUUGCAGAUUUCCAUUUGUAUGUUUGUGCUGCAUUUGUUGAUUAUUUCUCCAAAGACAUUCAACAGGAAAGAGAUUUUCAAGGAAUACUGAUGUUACUUCAAAACUUACCAACACAUCAUUGGAAGGAUAAAGAUGUUGAAGAACUCUUAGCAGAAGCUUUUAAACUCAAAUAUAUGUUUGCAGACGCACCAAAACAUUUAUGUAGAAAAUCCUAAUUAAUUAGAGUAAAUUUUAAAAAUAUGUUAGAGUACCAUACUUACAUUUGUAUAAAUGUAUAAUAUUCUGUAUUUAAUUCUCAAAGUUGUGGUUAUCACUUGUCUUAAGAUCUAGGUACUCCUGGCCCAAGUCAGCUAGGUACAUGUACCUAAAUAAAUGUAAAUUGGACUGUACUGUGAUGAAUCCAGCAUAAAAUGUGUAACACUUCCUUUGAGGCUGCGUACAUGUAUAUAUUGCUUGACAACCACCCACAAACAACUUUAUGUGUAUUUUUUCGUUUGAACACCUUUAAUGAGGUUGUAAAACAGGUUUUACAUUAGGGGGUUAAUACAGAUGGUGUGUAUCAAGUGAAAAGCUUUAUUGCCACAUUAGAUUUUCUAUUUUGUACAUAUAGAUUAAUGUAAAGAAGAUAUCAAAGGGACAGUAACUUCAGUAUGUCAUUUAAUGAGGUGUAGUGUGGAAAAGAGCUUACAAGGGAUAUAAUCGCAUUUAGUUAUUUAGAUUUUCUGAUAGAAUGCAUACAUGUAAUUUAUAAAAGAAAAAUAUACUGUAUAAUAAAUUAAUAUAAAUAAUAGAGAAUUUAAAGAAGCAAAA